AUGAGCAAGACAUUCGUGCGUCAACUCUCGCAGUCCAGCAUACUAUGCAGACCAGGGUACUCAACGGUAAACCCAGUUCACCAUUUAGUUAAGGUUGAGAAAUCCAAAUUGAAACCAAGUUUGCAAAACUUGUUGUUGCCUGCUGACGAUAUCAGAUCAGUCAAAUUUAAACCGACGGAGAUAUGCCAAGACAGAGUUGCUGACUAUUAUAAUAACACCUUACAAUCAGACUUGCUUUUGCACUUUUACGACCAUGAUGCUGAAAUGAUUGAAGGAAACAAGAGAAGGUCCUGGGGCACUGACUCGCCUUACAAAGUCUAUCGUUCAUCAAGGAAUCCACGUGGUGGAACUAGAUCCACCAAGGAUAAACAUCCAAUAACUAGUAAAAAUGUUCCUGAAAUCACCAGUGUCGUUGUACAUUCAUAUAAUAAGUAUGCAUUGGAGCAUCCAUGGUUGAACAUUUCCACCAGACUUCAAUUAUCAGUCAUCACCAACGUCAAGGCCAAGCAAAUAUUCAACAAGUCAAAUAUCCUACCAUGGAAAGUAAGAGUCGGAAGACCAUGUGGAGGAAAAGUAGAACUUUUCGAUAGAGACAUGAAUCAAUUCAUUAGCACAUUAACUGAAUUGGUAUUACCGAGGAUCAGAGCAUUCAAAGGUAUAAGAUUUAGUUCUGGUGACAAGAAUGGGAAUGUCAGUUUUGGUCUCACGGCAGAAGAUGUGCAGUUGUUUCCCGAGUUGGAGAACUUUCAAGAAUUGUUUCCAAAUUUGAAUGGUAUUGAUAUCACUUUCAAGACUACUGCCCAAGAUGACUCGCAAGCAAAGACGCUAUUAAGUGCCUACGGUUUCCCAUUCUCUAAGGAGUAA